CAACAAAGAAGGCCCAAAAUGAUUCCAUCAAAAAUUCAAUAUCGCUUCUCCCCCGAUUUCUUCUUCUUCGUCCCAAACUCUUGAAAUCGAAUUGGUUCUGAUAUCACGUCACGAGACAAUUGUGAUCAUGAAUUAAUCGUAUCGGAAAGAAAUAUGGCGCUGACGAAUUUCAUACUGACUGUGGCCGGAGUGAGCGCCGUCGUGUUGCUGCUGCGGAGUGAUGUGAAGCAAUCCGCCACCAUCUUCCGCCGUAACGUCCGCCAAAUUCGCAACUGGCUCGAGGAGGAAUCCCCCUCCGCCGUUAAGGAGAUAGAGAAGAAGGCGAAACCCAAGGAAAUUUCAGAGAAAGAUACCCCUAAGAAAGACUAAGCACUAGGUUUAAUUUAUGCUAGUGAAGGCAUGUGGUUGAUUUUUAUUUUAUAUUUCGAUGUAGUUUCAUGUGAAAUUUUGAUAAAUCUCACGUAGUUUGAUGUGAAAUCUCAAUAAAUCUUAUGUGGUUUGAUGUGAAAUCUCAAUACAUCAUAUGCACGUCUCCGGAAUGAAUAUGUUCUUUUAAAAGAAA